GUUACGACCAAACACCGUCCUCUGCGUGCAUUAAAUUAGAGUGGCUCCGUCUUCGUCCCGUUCUAGUUGUGGCCGCGAUUCGUCGAGCUGAGCGAUCCGCUCGUGGCGAUCGACAACGUUCGUCGGUGGAGCCGCCGCCCGUUCGCUGCUCGACACUUCCAUCGCCCUGUCGUCGUCCGACACGAUCUCAAUCAUAUCUUGCAUCGCCUUUGCCGUCUGUCUCGUCAAGCGCGCCAGCUUGCCGCGGCGCUUUUUGAGCUUGCCCUGGGCUACCUUUGACUCCCAAUCCGAGUCAUCGGCCCCACUGCUGUCGAACUCGUCGCUCGUGUUUGAGAUGGACUGCGGGGCCGUCUGCUCCUCGUUGGGCUGUCGGCGUUUUUGCAUGGCUGCCCCGCCCCCUUGCGACGACGAUUUCUUUGCUCGCACCGUGCUUGGUGGUAUCAACGAAGGCGGCGUGAGAAACGACAUCAUGGAACCCGCCGACAAGGCCACAGCCUCGUUCAAGGCGUUUUCAACCUUGCGUUUUUGCGCUUCCAGAGCACGAUGUAGCAACUCAAGUUCGUGCUUCUGCUUCUCCAGCUCGUCCAUGUUGACUGCUGUCGGCGGCGUUUGCAGCACCUCUACAGCCUUUGACACGAUGACUGCAUGAGGCAGCGAGCGUAUUUCCGAUGCCGACAACUCUUGGACGGCUUGCACAUUGGUCGUCGUCGGUGACUGCUCCGUGUUGACCACCGCUUCACCGCCCGACCUCGCGGUACCGACAACGUCAUUCGACUCUGUCUGCGCCAUCCACACAUUGCUGGCAUGUUCAAUUUGCACAGAACCUGAUGUCUCCAUCACGUCUUCAUGCACGGCAUUUUCACCGAGCCCGGACGCGUCGUCGCCGUCUUGGGGGCCGGGAGCGAGUUCGAGUGGUUCGACGUUGUUCGCAAGGGAUUGCAACUCGGAAGGCGCUUCGACUUGCACGUGGUCAACAUGGACGAGUUGUUCCGCGGGAAGUUUUUCCACAGCGUCGUCGACAAAUCGCACGCCGCGCUCGUCGUCGUCCGACGACUCGGACGAAUCCGACGACGAUGGCAGGUCACUCGACGACGAUGCGGCCAUCUCACGGACGUCAAUGUUCGUUUUCCCGCGGCCACCCAUCGAUCUCCGAGACGCUCCGCCGCUGGACAUUCCCGUCGCGCGGCUCCAGUAUGCUCGUUCCAGCACACCAAACCGUUGCUUUUCCUCGGCAAUGACCUCCAACAAGUUUACGCGCUCGUCGACGACCGUGGUGGCUUGAAGCCACUUGUCCAGGGAAUGCUUUUGUCGCACCAUGGCGGUGUACCAUGCUGGCGCUGCCCGCUGCUUGCCGCGCUUUCUCGUCGUCACAUGGGCUCGAGAUAUCGCAUGGAAAGGUCCACCCGCAUGGCUGCGUUGUCGACCGCGGCCAGCCAUCGACAAACGGCGCGUUGUACGAGCACCACCUGCCUUUUGUGUUGUAGUGUCCCCCUUUCCUUUAGGUGGAAUCAUUGGUCCAGACACGCGUGAGUUCUGCCGCUGGUCCGACGAGGGCUUCGCGCUGGACGUCGGCGCCUUGGGCGGCGGCGGCCCACUCGCUGCAUUCGGUGCCUCCGAUUCAUUGCUGGACGACUCGUCGCUCUUGUCCUCGUUCAGGUUGAGCGUCAAAUUGGAGUCCGGCGUCUGUUUCAAUUGCCGUUCCAACCGCUUUUGCCGUCGCGCUUCGGCUUCAGCUACUUGCCGCGCGACUUCCUUUCGCCGUGCUUCGAGCUGCACCAAGGCAGCGCUUCUUUCCACGGCCGCGCCUCGCUCUUCUUCGGACCGGAUCGCAGCUAGCUUUUCCACCUCCGCCUCCAACAGCCGUCGCUGCUCCUCCAACUUGAGGCGGUCGGCCUCCAUCUUCGCACGCCUCUCCUUGGCCAGCUGCAACUUGACCGCUUCCAGCCGUUCGCGUUCCUUCUCCAUCCGUUCCCACUCGUUUGCCAUCCACAUCGCCUCUUCCGCCUGCCGCCUCGCUUCUCGGUCGGCAAUUGCUUGCAACUCGGGAGCUUUGAGCGCCUUCAACUUGGCUUCAGCUUCGACUUGCAGCCGCUUUUCUUCGGCGCGGGCCUUGAGGAUCUCCUGUCGGUGGGCAUGCGUCCGCAGUCGCUCGGCGUCGUCGUUCGCGGUCGACGCGGGGUUUUCCAGUUCAUCGGACGAAUCACUCGAGUGGUCAACGCCCCCAUGGUUGUUUGCUUUGGCGGCGCUUUGAAAGGCGCUCAGUGCCGCCUGCCGAAGCUUUUCCCGGGAGGAAAAGGUCGACGAGGCCGCCUUCUUGGGCACCACGAGGGGCUCGUCGUCGCUACUGUCGUACGUUUUGUUGCUUUGACGUACGUCUUCGUUUUCUGGAGAGGACCAAGCAGGCGGUGGAAGCGACGGGAGCCCCAGCAUCGCUCGCUUUUCGCUAGCGCGAGCCCGUAGUGCCGCUUGUUUCUGACGAUGCCGGGCCGUGGCCGAUGACGAUGCGCUUGGGGCAAUUGGGGACCCGUCAUCGUUCGAAUCGAGCGCAAACCGCACGGAUUUGGUUGUUGCCGCCUCGUCGUGCUUUCGUUUCUGUUUGUUUAGUCGUUUCCGUUGGGAUUUCGACAGGUCGGCGGGCGACGAUACCACGGCCGCGGCAUGCACCGCAGGUAGUGCGUCCUGUGUGAAGGCUGCAAGUGCUGGGGUAGGAGGCGUCGUCGAUGGGACGUCAGGACGGGGGGGUGCUCGAUGCACGCGCUGGAAUUCGGCGGGCAGAUUGAGCAGUACCGGUUUGAACCGAUUGAAGUCUGGUGGGAGGGUCAGGCCUGCUACAGUCAAAGGCGUCAAAGGCUGCAUGACAGCAGGGGCCAACGGCGCGGCGGCAGCGGUAGUGUGUGACUGUAGCACAGGUGCGUCGGCAAGGCGGGGCUUCUUGGCAGCCACGGACUCGUCAAAUUCGAGCUGGCAUAUCUGCCGAGCUUCCUUCUGCUGCUUCGCAGUGGAGUAGGACGCUGAGAUCUUGGCCUUUACGGCUUCAAGGUCAGGCUUCGACGGCGCCUUGAGGAACUGCCGCAGGUCCAUGGCGUGCAGAGGCCACGAUGGCUCGAUGGGAUUGUCGCUACCUGACCG